CGAGGAUGGACGGCACCGUGGAUACUUUCCCGUGUCUCAAGGUCACCCAGAGGUCGUUCGGCUCCCAGAACAGUAACCCAGACAUCACCUUCUAUCGCCUCAGCAUGCCUAUAGAGUGUAACGAGGUGCUGGCCAAGUCACCUGGCGGGACGCUACAGUCUGGCGGGGGCUUCUCCUUCUCCUCUAAGAAAGAUCUGGACGACUUUGAGACCGUGUCCGACUUCGAGGUGUUGACGAAGUCUGCCCACUGCAACCUGGGCUCCAGUCUGGACAAGGAGAAGGACCAGUUCAACAACCACAAAGACUACAAGCCAGGACGAAACCCUCCAGGUGUUGACGAAGUAGAGUUGAAUGCAGGAGCCCUCCGGGUUAAAGCAGAGAGGACCAAGCCAGAGUUUACCAGCAGUAACUCUUCGGCCCGUCUAUCAGAGGAGGUGUUAGCUGACAGAGAUGACCUUGACUUCUUCAUGCAGACCUCCACUGUGGAGCCCAGUACCAAGCUGUUCCCUGCUGUGUUCGCUCAGGCCACCAGCCCCAGCAUCUUUCAGUUUGAACUAGGACGUAUUAAGAACGUCAUGCCCCUGUCAGCUGGACUGUUUAAGAGUGAGAGGAGGAACUCCUGUCCCCAGUGUCCUCCCAGGCUGCAUGUCCAGUUCCUGACCCCGGUGCUGUGGAGCAGGGUACCCAACCACUUCCUCAAGGUGGACGUAUCCCGGGUCAACGACCGCCAUGGCUGGCUGGUCACCUGCUCUGAACCGCUCCAGUUCAUGUCCCUGCAUAUACCUGAGGAGAACAGGUCAGUUGAUAUCCUGGAGUUGACUGAGCAGAAGGAUCUGUUGAAGUUCCACUACCAUACUCUGAGGUUGUACUCUGCUGUGUGCGCUCUGGGGAACAACCGUGUGGCCCACGCCCUCUGCUCCCACGCCGACGAGGCACAGCUGCUCUACGCCAUAGAGAACAAGUACAUGCCUGGUCUCCUCAGGACUGGAUACUACGACCUGCUCAUAGACAUCCACCUCAG